AACAACUUCACAGUAAAAACACAAGUAUGCUUCCUCCCACAACAUAUUAUUAUCAAGCAAAAUCAUUGAUGAAUGUUGAAAAUCACCUUAGCAUGCAGCGUUGAGAUAUUUAUGAUUCAAAGCAAGGGGCACGCAUCUACUGUUACCUAAGCUGUGCAAUUUUCCAUAAUUGCGGUCUAUUCUGCUGAUCCCGUUCUGGUGCCUAAUUAUGGAAUAUAUUUAUUUUGAUGAUUUUAAUUUUUAUGAAACCAGCACAUUUUCUGAUAAUUUUACGUUCUGUGAUAAUUCUGAAGUUAAAGAUUUUAAGAGAGUUUACGUUCCCAGUUUAUAUGCAAUCAUAUUUCUGGCAGGGCUUCUGGGCAAUUCUUUGGUCAUCGUGACUAAGGUUCUUUAUGAGAAGCUGAAGACCAUGACAGAUAUCUACAUGAUGAAUCUAGCAAUUGCUGAUUUGAUCUUACUUUGCACCUUGCCACUAUGGGCAGUUGCUGCAUAUAAUGAAUGGACUUUUGGAACUGUUAUGUGCAAGGUUGUGACUGGUGUGUACACUGUCAACUUCAAUAGCUGUAUGCUUAUACUUACCUGUGUGGCAGUAAACAGGUAUCAUGCCAUUGUUCAAGCAACAAAAAUGCCUAAAAAUAAAAGAACGCAUGGUAUGUUCAUUUGUGCAGCAGUUUGGGUGCUUGCAAUCAUCCUGGCCCUUCCAGAAUUUAUAUUAAGUGAAACAAUUUCUGAUGAAUCUGGAAAAACUGAGUGCAUUAUGAACUAUCCGCCUAAUUCAAACAACACCAUUGAAAUAGGAGUUCGUGUUACACAGAUGACAGUGGGAUUUUUGAUACCAUUUGUGACAAUGAUCAUUUGCUACACAAUCAUCACAAUAACUCUGCUCAAAGCUAAGGGCUUUCAAAAACAUAAAUCGUUGAAGAUUAUUGCUGCAGUUGUAAUUGUAUUCAUGAUCUGUGAGCUCCCAUACAAUAUUGCACUCUUGCUGCUAACUGUGCAGAUCACCAGUAAAGAAAAAACGAGUUGUGAAUACAAUACAUAUAUAGCCUAUGCAAUUAUUGUAACAGAGAGCAUUGCCUAUAUCCACUGCUGCCUGAAUCCUAUUCUGUAUGUAUUUCUUGGAGUGAAGUUUAGAAACAAUUUUUUGAAGAUUUUAAAAGAUGUUGGGUGUGUUAGUCAGAAACAAUUGCAUGGGUAUCUGAAAACUGAGUGUGAAACAUCACAGCAGAGAACAUGUGUAAGUGAAACUACUAUGUAUCCUUUGUAAAGUAUUCUGUAUAUAUCAGUAUUGUAAUUGAACUUUAUAAAAAAUGGUUUUAGAAUUCCUUAAGAAUGUUCAUAGUCUCCUGUUUCAUAAAUAAAACAUGAAUUUCUAAUUCUGAUCCCCUUUUUCUCUUUCACUUAGUAUAGACUAUAAUCCAUUUAUUUUAAGCAGUGGCACAGUGGUAGAGUUGCUGCCUUACAGCACAAGAGACCUGGUUUCAAACCUCCCUGUGGCCACGUGGGUUUUCUCUAGGUGCUCCGGUUUCCU